CUCAAUCGACUACUUUUCCUUCCAGAGGGUGUCAAAAUUGUGUGGCAGACUGUAGCAGUUGAUUCGCAGACAGAUUCUUCUCCGGGUUUUGGAUUUCCUGAUCACUCAGAUGAGAGGGGGAGAUCGGCGUCUUGCUAAACCUUUGCGUCAGUCUCGACUAGUUUUGUUGACACAGUAAACAGCAUCAGUCGACUUUCAAAAAGGGCCCAGUACAAACGCAUUCGACUGCAAACCAAGACGCUGUGUCUUUCUUCGACAAAACGGAGGAAGCUGCUAGCGUUUUAGCUAUAUUUACGUCAGUUAGCUAACCAGCUAAGCUCUGUCACUUGCCUGAAAUGUCUGCUUCUCCAGCUGCGCAGUCAUCCAGCUUGGCUGGCCCCGGUUCGGGGAUGUCAAUGUUCCGUUGGUUGGAGGUGCUCGAAAAGGAGUUUGAUAAAGCAUUCGUGGAUAUUGACCUGCUGUUGGGGGAAAUUGACCCAGACCAAGCAGAUAUCACGUAUGAAGGCCGCCAGAAGAUGACGAGUCUCAGCUCAUGUUUUGCUCAGCUAUGCCACAAAGCUCAAACCAUUUUCCAACUCAACCACAAACUUGAGGCCCAGCUGGUGGACCUCAAGUCGGAGCUGGCGGAGGUGCAGGGUGAGAAGUCGGUGGUGGAGAGGGAGGUGCACGACCAGCUGCUCCAGCUCCACGCCCUGCAGCUCCAGCUGAACGCCAAGGCCGGCCAGACCGAGGACUCUGAAGACAUCAAGGACCGCAUGCCUGUCCCCCCCGUGGAGCAGAUGGAGAGGGAGCUGGAGGCUAACAAGCGUGAGAAGCUGCGUGAGGCCAAGCUGGAGUCGGAGGUGAAGAUGCAGAAGAAGGAGAAUGAGGCUCUGAGGCGCCACAUCGCCGUGCUGCAGGCUGAGGUGUACGGGGCGCGCCUGGCCGCCAAGUACCUCGACAAGGAGCUCGCCGGCAGGGUGCAGCAGAUCCAGCUGCUGGGCAGAGACAUGAAGGGGCCGGCGCACGACAAGCUGUGGAACCAGCUGGAGGCCGAGAUCCACCUGCACCGCCACAAGACAGUCAUCCGCGCCUGCAGGGGGCGCAACGACCCUAAGAAGCCGCUCGCCUCGCCCGUAGGACACGAACAUGAUUCGCUGAAGAAGACCCAGGGCGUUGGUCCCAUCCGCAAAGUCGUCUUGGCCAAAGAAGACCACGAAGGUCUCGGCAUAUCCAUCACGGGGGGUAAAGAGCAUGGCGUGCCCAUCCUGAUUUCGGAGAUCCACCCUGCCCAGCCUGCCGAGCGCUGCGGUGGGCUGCACGUGGGGGACGCCAUCCUGGCUGUCAACAGCAUCAACCUCAGAGACGCCAAACACAAGGAGGCCGUCACCAUACUCUCACAGCAGAGAGGGGAGAUAGAGUUUGAGGUGGUGUAUGUGGCGCCGGAGGUGGACUCUGAUGACGAGAACGUGGAGUACGAGGACGAGAGCGGCCACCGCUACCGCCUCUACCUGGACGAGCUGGAGGAGACCGGAGCACGCAGCAACAACAACAACAACACAGCUGCUCACAACCCCUCUCUACAAGCUGCCCUGGAGAAGAUGUCAGUGAGCGAUGGCGGGGCCGAGAAUGGAGACACGGGCAUCUCGAGCGAAACGCCCUCUGACGAGACCCCCUCCAAAGCAGCCGAGUCGUCAGAGAACUCCUCGUAAAGGCUUGGAGGAGAGCAUGAACGGGAAGAAGAAAAGUAGGAGGAGAAAAAGGGGGAGGAGGAGGAGGAGGAUGAGGAGAAGGGUUUGGGUGGGAGGUGACCGGUGAUGGAUGACCUCGGGGGUUUGGGAGAGAUUUUAAACAGGACACCCCCCUCCCCCUGCAAGACUCUGUACAUGUGUGAUAUAUACAGUAUAUUUAGUCAGUGUUUGUUUCUGUGUCACUACAAGGAGAAGACGUGGCUGCGUCAAAGUUCACUGGAGGGAGGAGACCCAUGUGAUGGGGAUGAGUGGGAUGGGAAAUUGUUUGUGUGGGGGUGGGGUGGGUAUUGCAGAAGCCUUGACCAGUGAGCUCCAGAGUUGGAGACGCUGAGGAACACUCAAGCUGAUGAAAGGAAAAACUCGCACGGAUCGUCUGCUUCAAUUGUUUUUUCUCUCCCCUGUAGAAGUUUAUCCCUUUUGCCUUUUUGGAUGCGUCAUAGCAUUUCUAUAAGAGGGUAUGUCCAUCCGUCCGUCGAUCUGUCGGUCUCUCUGUCUGUUGGUCGGUUCGUCUGAAACGCAUUCUCUAAAUUGUAAUUCCCUCCUGUGUCCACAAGGCGGCAGUGCAUAGACGGAUGCAUCUUUGUCCGACUGUCAGACUUGUUGAACGGAGAGGGAGCCUCAUAGGACGUGUAUCUUUCUAUAUGGAGUGAAGGAGACAAAGACGAACAACAAACCUGUGCACCCGUUUGAGAAGAUGCCAUAGACUCUUAUUUUAUAUUUCUGUCUGAUCCAACAAGUUAACCCUUUUUGCCUGAUCUGUUGUGGCCCAAACGGUCAGUGUUGUGAAGGAAAUGCACAACGUUUUUACUUAUAAUGUGUACAGCUGCAGUAGUUACUGAUCUAUGUUAAUGUUAAUAUAGAUGAGAGUGGUGAAAGAGAGUUGUCAGUCCCUGCAGAGGAAAAGAAAAAAAAUGGCAGCAUCUUUGCUUCACAACACGGAUAACUUCACUGAGUAGUUGGUAUGCUGAUCAGUUGAGUCAGAGAGGUGUUUGGAUGAUUUUUUUUUUAAUUUACCUUGUGAAUUUCAGGUUGGGGCCUUUUACCCCCAGUAUACAAUCUGGUCUCCGCAGGUCUAAGUUUGGAGUAGUACUAGUGUGAAGCAAGGAAGGGCAGCAUAGUAUAAGGAUGUAACCUUUGCUCUCUCUCUCUCUCUCUCUCUCUCUCUCUCUCUCUCUCUCUCUCUCUCUCUCUCUCUCUGUCUCUGUCUCUCUCUCUGUCUGUCUGUCUGUCUGUCUGUCUGUCUGUCUCUCUCUCUCUCUCUUAGUUCUCUUACUGGCUUACUAAACAGGAGAGAUGGGCAGUUGUGAAUUAAAUGUGCAGUAUUUUUUUAAUGGUUUCAUAUUUUAUGUUCUAACAUAGUCUUAACUAUCUGAAGACGUUGAAACAUAUUACCAGUGUCAUGGAGUCUGCCGUUCUAAUGGCUUGCUGAAGUGUAUCAGCAUUGGGAUGACAACAGUGCAAUGCAGUCAUGAAGCAUUGAUAUACAGUAUAGGACCAUAUGUCAUUUGGUUUUACGGUGAUAUAAAGUCUGAUUUGCAAGCCAAAUGAACACAGAGCUGUUGUGAUUAGCCAAGCUGGUGCACGGCAGGUUGGCUCCCCUGCUCACCCCCCUACUAUCCUCAACCCAGUGGCAGAGUCAUAGGGAGGGCGAGCAGGGCAUUUGCCCCUGGGCCCAGGGCACUCUUGUAUUGGUGGUGGCUGGGGGGCCUAUUGGGACCUUGGCUGGCUGUGUGGGGGGCCCUAUAAGUGUUUUGCCCUGGGGCCCUGUGUGCAAUUGCUCCGCCAAUGCCUCAACCCGAAAUGCAUAAGCUUCACAGCUGCAGAUGACGUGGAGCAGAGAAGAGAAGAGAAGCCGUCAUGUAAAAUUGAUAAUGAUUCCUAUGAAGGAGGCAGAGCGCAUGGCGCCCUUCAAAUGAAAUAUUUAGGGAGGGAUGGAUGACACAGCGGCUCUGCCGACUUAACGCCUCUUGUUGGGCUCCAACCACCAGGACCCAAUAUGAAAAGUGCAAUAUGUGUUUGUUUUUUGUUGUCGUUUUUUUUUUUCCCUCAUCUUCCAGUCUCUGUUGAAGGAGAAUUCCUAGAAAGUGCUCCUUUGAUUGUCGAGUUUUGUUUGUUUGGUUGGUUGGUCGUUUUUUCAUCUUGGGCUUUGUCUAGCCAGCUUUGGUUUCUUGGUGAGAAUGGAUAGAGAUGUUAUCGCUUUCACAUUUUCCCUUAGAACUGAGGUGUUUGGUCAUAUACGUUGUUCUCAGUGGUGGGCACCCUGGAUUCAGAGACUACAAUACUGCCCUACAAAGGCUGAGUGCCAUAACUACGCCAACAUUGAAACGGAGGAAAAUGCCUUCAAAGCCUUGAUAUUGGGUUGGAUAUUGUAGUUACUGCAAAUUUGACAUAGCAAUAUCUCUAAAAGUGGACACAUUUGGACCACGAAGGCUUUGUCACAAGAUAAAAGAGGUCUUGUGUUUUCAUUGUCAUUUAUGUUUUCAUUUUCAGUCCAAUCACAGUUUUUGACAAAAUAUGUAGUUACUGCACUUUGCCUUUGUAGGGCAGAAUACAGUGCCAUAUAUUCUAAAGGACCUAUUACCUGUCCAGAUGCCCUAAUUUAACAUCUACAUCCAGGUCAUUCAGAAUACGUGGCCCUGAAUUGUAUCGUCUUAAUCCAUUUUGCCCACUAUGAUGGUUCUUUAGCAAGAGUCCAAAGAAGACUGAAAGAGGAGUGUGUUGGUUUGCAUUGUGUUGUUCUGAUUGGUUGCCUUAAGAGUAUAGUAGCGGCAUGGUGCCGCUCAGAAUGCUGGCUGGGACGUGGCCUAUAACGAGAGGAACGCCGGCCGGCCGCAUUAAUAUUUGAGUGUUUCAGUAGCGAAGGGGAAGAGCAAUAACAAAUGCAGAAAGGUCAACUUAACGUCUGCAUGUACAGUACGCAGUCCCAACCGACUUCAGAUUUAAGGUGUUCCUAACUUCAUAUAGAGUCAUUGAAUGACAACCCAGCCUGUACGCUAAUGCAUCAUUUUGUUGCAAACCAUGUUGCAGACCCAAGAAACCCAUGUGAAGCUGUGUGUGUGUGUGCGUGCGUGUGUACAUGCAUGUUUUUUCAAUGUUGUGAGUCUGAUUGGCACUUCAGCCAUGUUACUGAGUGAGAGAGGGAUGCCGUGGGACUGGAGGAGGAGGUUCGAAUCGUGGGGGUUUUGACAAUCUACAGCCUCUGAGCUUCUCUGAUGCUGCUCAUCAGUCAGAGGCUUAAGGGGAUGGAAAUGAGUAAUGGGUGAUGAUGGGGUUAUGAGGGUGUUAAUGUUUGUGCUGUAACUAUAUGGAGUGUGAAGAUGAGGAGGAUG